AUGAGGUUCUCAAACAACUUCGCUGUUGCCGUACUGGCCCUGUCCGGCGUCGAUGCUCUGUCAAUCCCUUCGCGUAGUUUAAUUAACGCCAUCUCCAAGACCUACACGCCUUCUUUCGUCAAGCGACAGCUCGAGAUCGGUGGCCUCACACUCGGCGGUUCAGGUGGUGGCAUCAGUGGCGAUGGUCUCAAGCUAGGCGGAAAGGGCAAUUCCACAUCAACUACUGGUGCUCAGCCAAAGGCUGGCAAGGGCGGCGCAACGGGGGCUGGAGCAGCCGCCUCUAGAAAUGGAACGUCAGCCACCCAGCCAGCUGGGGCGAGGCAGAGCAAGAAACCGAAGGCCGGUAAGGGCGGCGCAAUAGGAGGUGCCGGUAGAAAUGGAACGUCAGCUACCCAGCCAGCCGCAGCGAAGCAGAGCAAGGGACCAAAAGCUGCGGGCGGUGGCGCAAUGCAGGCCGGAGGAGGUGCCGGUAGAAAUGGAACGACAGCUGCCCAGCCAGCAGGGGCGAAGGAGAGCAAAAAACCGAACGCUGCGGGGGGUGGCACCGCAGGAGAGGGCGCUGGAAACAAACCUGCUGCUGCUAAGGAGAGCGCUGCGCCGAAGGCCACUGGGGCCGGAGCACCAAAAGAGCCUGCCGCCGCAAAAGAGACAGUAGCACCCAAACCCGCAUCCUCUGGUGGAAAAGGUACCGAGUCUCAGCCAGGUCGUGCUGAAGGUGACGCCGCUCGUGCCGGAGCUGAGGCCGAAGCUGCUGCCGCCGAGGGUGAGAAGCCCGCCGCUGCUGGUGGGAAGCCCGAGGGCGUGAAGGCUACCCAGGAAGCAGAGCAGUUCUCCGAGGAAGCUGGGGUUACACUGGGCAAGGAUGGUAACGCGCAGAACUUGGGCGGCGACCUGGGUAUUACGAAGGGCAGCGAUGGAUCUACGAGCGUGGGCGGCAAGAGCGGGAUCAACGUCGCCGCUGAUGGCACGGCUACACUGAAGGGCAAUGAGAAAUUGCUAGAGGAUUAG